AUGGCUCUGACCGUUCUGCUGCUGAUAGGUCUUGCUGCCGUGCUGGGACCGUCUGCCGGACAGCAACCUGACAUUGCUUCUGUGUCGACGGAUCGUCCUGAUCAGCAAAAGGAGAUUACGGACGUGCAUAAUGAUUUCCGGCGUAACGUGAAACCAAGCGCCAGCAACAUGCUGAAGAUGAAAUGGGAUCCAAUCGCUGCCGACAAGGCUCAACUCUGGGCAAAGGAGUGCACUUUCCAGCAUAGCCCGGUAACACAAAGAACCAUCGACGGAACGCCAUGUGGGGAAAAUCUCUACAUGUCAACUGGGCUUACCACAUGGCCUAAAGCGAUUGAUGCUUGGCACAGUGAGGUGAAAGAUUUCAAGUACGGUACUGGGAGCACAACGGGUGCUGCAAUCGGCCAUUACACACAGGUGGUUUGGUACCGGUCCUCCCGAAUUGAUUUAGCCAUGAUGUCGCCUACUGUCCCUUGUCAGGAAUAUACUUACCCUACGUUUGCCACUACUGUCCCAUCGCGUCGCGCCAAUCCUUGCCCACAUAAUGACAAGUUUGGGAACUGCCCUGAUUUGAAACGUGAUUCCGGAUGCGACCAUCCCCAGGUGAAGGAGUGGUGCCCUGCCAGUUGCCAAUGCACCAACGAAAUCAUAUAA